AUGGUGAUUGCUCUGUCAAUGAAGAACAAGUUAGGGUUUAUUGAUGGAUCCAUUCCUCGUCCUGAUGGUAAUGAUUCUCUUCUCAAUUCUUGGAUCCGGAACAUUAACAUGGUUAUUUCUUGGAUUCUUAACUCUAUUUCUAAGGAGAUUUCUGCUAGUGUUAUAUACUCUGAUUUUGCUUAUGAGAUGUGGUUAGCUCUUAAAGAACAUUUUCAGCAGAAAAAUGGACCUCAUAUUUUUCAGUUGAGGUGUGAUCUAAUGAAUCACACUCAAGGUUCAUCUUCUGUUAGUGCUUAUUUCACCAAAUUGAAAAAAAUUUGGGAAGAACUUAGUAAUUACAGGCCUUUCUGCUCUUGUGGAAAGUGUGUUUGUGGAGGAACUAAAGCACUUGCAGAUCAUUCUCAAAAGGAGUAUGUUAUGAGUUUCUUGAUGGGCUUGCAUGAUUCUUUUGCUCAAGUGCGUGGUCAGUUGCUAUUAAUGGAUCCAAUUCCUCCCAUCAACAAGGUUUUCUCCCUUGUUUCUCAAGAAGCACAUCAGAGGAAUGUUAAUGUGACUUCUGUUGGUUCUGGAGGUGUUGAAUCUAUGGCUUUUGCUGUGAAAAACGAUGUUGCUCGAUCUAACAAUGGUCAAAAUUUUCCUAGAGGGCAAAGGAAAGAUAAUCUCAAUUCUAACAAGCCUGUCUAUACUCAUUGGGGUUAUGUUGGCCAUACAAUUGAUAAAUGUUACAAGCUGCAUGGUUAUCCUCUUGUAUAUAAGCCCAAGUUUAAUUCUAAUACUUCUCAUCAAGCUUCUUCCAAUCAGACCCCUGCUGUUGCAAAUCAAGUCUCCAAUUCAGUUAAUGAUUUGUCUCGUGGAAAUGCUGAGAACUCUAGAAAUUUUGGAAGCUUUGUUCAAAUGCUCAAUCCAUCUCAGGAUCAACAUUUGAUGACUAUGUUGAAUACUCAUCUUUCUGCUGCAAAGAUAGGCACAGAAGCUGAUGCUAUUUCUGCUCAGGCAUCAGGUACUUGUUUUUCUGUUGCUAUUAAUCCAAUUUUUAAUUCUUCUAAACAUUGGAAUAUAGAUUCAGGUGCCACUAGCCAUAUUUGUUUCAAUCAAUCUGCCUUCCACACAAUGAAACCUCUCAAGAAUUCUUUUGUCACUUUGCCUAAUCACAAUCGUAUUCCUUUUCAUUUUUCUGGAACUGUGAAGCUCAAUUCUUUUUUGUUGCUACAAGAUGUUCAUUAUAUUCCUCAUUUCAGAUUUAAUCUGAUAUCAUGA